AUGGCUAAAUAUGAAAAUGACGUCAUCAAAAUCAACAAAAACGUCAAUUACAACAACAACAACAACAGCAGCAGCAAUGUUGACAACAACAAGAGCAGCAAUGUUGGCAACAGCAAAAGCAGCAAUGUUGGCAACAACAACAGCAACAAUGUUGACAACAAGAGCAGCAAAAAUGAUGAUAGCAAUUAUCUGAGCGUUGAUGAGAAGUUUGCUUUUCUUAAAAGAUUGGGCGUCAAAAUCUCGCCGAGAAUCCGCGAAAAUUUCCAAAUUUGCUCCAGAAUGAAAAAAGCAGUAGCCGCUAGUAGUAGUAGUAACAUCAACAACAAAAUGACAUCAACAAGAGCAGACAAAUUACAACAAGAUGAAACGGCAACAAAACCUACAAUUGAAACAUCGACCAUAAUGACGUCAACUUUGGAAGCAGUAUCCAUACAGCCACUGAAUUCCAUCAUGACAUCAACAUCAGCAGCAAGACAUGAAAACUCCGACGAAAGUGACAUCAACAAUGCUAACAGCAACAACGAGAUCACAGUCAGUAGCAACAAUCACGUCGCAAUCAACAACAGCAACGACAUCAGCAUUGAAAAUAACAACAACAAAAAUGACAUCAACAAAAUGGCAACCGUAAAGAGUGUUCCUCCGCUUAAGUAUACAAAAGUCAGAGGUAGACCAUCUCUGGUCACGUUGGAUCACAUCAGUGGCAUCAACAACAACAACAACAACAACAACAACAAUAAUAAUAAUAAUGAUGUCACCAACAAAGAUACAACCUCUAGUUAUAAACAAGAUUAUCUCAGUGGUAACAAAAACGACGACGAUAACGAUGAGGAAUGUGACGAUAUUUGCAAAGACAUUAAUGACAACAACAACAACAACAACUUCGUUGACAACAACAUGUUUGAUGCCAACAGCAACAACAACAACCUCAUUGACAGCAACAUGUCUGGUGACAACAAUAACAACAACAACCUCGUUGACAACAACAUGUUUGGUGACAACAAUAACAACAACCUCGUUGACAACAACAUGUUUGACAACAAUAACAACAACCUCAUUGACAACAACAUGUUUGACAACAAUAACAACCUCGUUGACAUGUUUGAUGACAUUAACAACAGCCACAUUCACAACAAUAGCACCGACUGCCUUUAUGAUGAUGGUAAUGCUAACAUGCAAACUACCGAAAAAGUCAUAGAAACAAGUGACGAUGGCAGUAAUUACAAAACUGCUAAUUACCUAAAAAACACCAAAAACCACAAAACCUCUUUUGACGUCACCAAAAACACCAGCAAAACCACCACCAACAACAACAACAACUUUAACGACAGUAACAACAAUAACAACAACACUAACAACAGUAACAACAACAACGUUAACAACAACAACAAAUCAUCCAGCAACAACAAUUACAUCAACCCACGCAACAUAUUCUACAAUAGAAAUAGAUACGAAAGCCUGAGCACAAAAUUAUCAACCGGACGAAAAGUGAACGUUGUUAACUUGAAUCCAUUUCACGCUGAAAAGACCUGGAGAAUGUGA